AUGGUUCUGAAUCUGUAUGACAUCCAGAGCCCAAUACAGUUUCGCCUGAACUACACAUUGAUUCAAGAGGACCCUAAACCUGUGUAUGAGGGUCAGCCACUACCGGACAUCUCUCAUUACCCAAUCUUAAACCAAACCCAAGCCAUCAAGGACUUUGAGGCAACAUUCCUCAAGGACUGUGGUGAGGACAAAGAGUGCCAAAGUGACCUGAACAUCCAGGCUUCUCUCCUAAAUCUGCCUAAAGAUUCUGGAGGCUAUUACCUUCUGCACAUGGGCGAAAAAGACAGGAUUCAGCUGCAUAUUGCUGCAGAGAACACCCAAGAGCCAGCAUAUAUGGCAUCACUCUACGUGCGCCACUCAGAUGCCAUUACUUUCAUCAAAGCUGAAGCAAUGAAUGUUCAUCCAUGUUUUCCAUACAAUGUAUCCCUGGUGGAAUGCUCCCUUGGAAACCCUUUCAAGAAGGGAUCGAAGAACCUUACCAUUUACUUCAAUCAUCGGGGAGACAAUGAGCAUCAAAAGCUGGUUGAGAUGGAGGUCUUUGCCAACACAACCUCACAAGAGCCUCAUCCAAAGCCUGUGCUCGAGUUUAAAAUCCGAGUUGUAAAGAAGGCUGAACUGGUGAUUCGAGGAGUGGGAGUCCCAGAGCAGACUCUGUAUGGUUGGAAGCCAAUCAAGGAAUCAGACCUGCAAUAUUUGGAUGAAAUUGGACCUCGGGUUGAUCAUGUCUAUGAGGUGAUCAACAAUGGACCCUUAGGAGCAGAUCGAGUCACAGUUCACAUCGACUGGCCUUACCAGGUCAAUACCAUUGGCCCCAAGAGGAAGUGGCUCCUAUACAUCAUCACUGAUCCAAUUGUGGAAGGUGAUGGUGAAUGUGUGAUGCCAGCAGGGCGUGUAAACUAUCUUGGCCUCGACAAACGAUUUGAGGCUGAUCUCCAGCCACUUUCAUCUGGUUACACUGUCACAGAAUCCAAGGGUCUCAUCUCAUCAUAUAACACAGUGGAAUACAUCCCAGUGGAACCAUCCUCAACCCCAUCAUUUCCCAUGGAGGUGGAAUUUGACAAGGACCAGGAGGAGAAAAUCCAAAAGCGCAAGAAGUACGAAGAGACUAAGAUCAAAAUCACAAAGGAGCAGUGGGAGGUGAAGAAGCAGCAUGUGAAGACAAGCUCUACCAGUUCCAAGACGUUUGCAUCAGGCCGGGAUGUAUAUAAUGUAACACGAGCACAGCGGGUUCGUCGAGCUCCAGCAGAUGUUGUCCAGGCUGAAGCUGUCCUAGACAAGGCCACUGGCAAGAAACGACAAGUUGUUACCAUGGACUGUGAUAGGGAGACUGCCGAGUGCUUCCGUUUCACCUGCAACAUUAGGAAUUUACUACGAGGUCAGACGGCCACCAUUCGGGUCCUAGCCCGUCUCUUCAACGAGACUCUGAUCGCUGACUACCCAAGUGUUGAUCAGGUCAUCAUCAACUCCAAGGCUUCUCUGGAAAUUGACCCAGGACUGGAUAUUGAUCAGGACACCACCAAUGAUGUGGUCUAUGUAUCAACUAAUGCACAGCCAGACCUGGAUCUCUUGGCAAUCAGCCAAGGAGUUCCCUGGUGGGUGAUUUUGGUCUCUGUGCUUGGAGGACUCCUUCUUCUUGCCCUCAUCAUCUGGGGAUGCUACAAGUGUGGGUUCUUCAAGCGCAAACGACCUGACCCUACACUCAGUGGGAACUUAGAAGAACGACAAAAGCUCAAUGCUCAUGGCUCUUAGCCCACACCAUCUUGGCCCAAGGCAUAGCAUCAUUUCUAUUAGCUCCAACAUAGUUUAUUUAUGGCAGGUGGCCCAAAAAAGUGAACUAAAGAUAGGCCUAUCUGCAUUGUAAGAUGUUUGUGUUUAUGGUGUUUUUUGAGCCACCUAUGCUGUCAAGAGAGAGUGUCUGCUCUCAUGCAUGGAUGACUCUUCUCUUGCAGAUAUGUGAUAGACUUCAUCUGAUGGUGGAAGUGCUCCCUUCUGGGCCAGCAUAAUUCUCAGGCUGUCUAUUCAUGAUACUAAUUUGUGACCUAGUGGAAGGAGCUGGCAUCCAGGCAUGAUCAGACAUCCAUCGAUGAGGUAUGUGGACUCAUCUGCCAUCUGGCCCCCACCAUUGCAUGGCAUAGAUGGUCUCUUCUUCAUCCAUCAUGAAGAAACUUGGCUUCCAUGGCAACACAGAAUCUCUCGAUCUCAGGUGUUAACAACACAAACUUAAUGCAAAAAUUCCCUGAGAGAGACUGUUUUGCUUCCAGUGAUCACAUGGACCUUUAUUCUUCUUUCUCACUGCAUUGCCUCAAUCUAUGAUGCAAUGUCAUUUGUGCCAAAUUCACUCUAAAACUGCAUCGAUCUUCCUGCAUGCCAGCUCAGUCCCAAUCCAAUAAUCCUUUGAUCAGUCCGUCCCAUUGGCCCUCACAUCAUCGGUGCUGACAGGUCUUUUUCUCGAUGCCCCUUCCUAUUCAUUCAUUGAUUGAUAUUUGCAUUCAUUCAGGCCUGUUAUUCACACUGACUAUGUGCCACUUCCACUGCCACUGAAACACUUCAGGCCUCUUAGCAUCGACUGGUUAUUUUUUGACGUGCCAAAUUGUUGUUGACACCUUCAUGGAACUGUGAUCAUGUAUAUUCAUGUCUUUGUGUGUCCUUUUUGUCAAUUGAUUAUAUAUGAUCCACUUAUUGAUUCCCUCCUGGUGGUAUCUUUGUGUCUCCAAAAUGGGUGAGUCCAGAGUUGAGUUAAGAGUGGAUGUGGGGAAAUGAGUGAUAAAAUUAACUGCAUGGAAAAAAUUUCUGAUGAGUUGAAAGAAAACUUUCAAUUGAAACUGUUUGUGCUUGACUCUGGAUUCCUCCCACAGCUGUGAUCCGUGAAUGUCUGGCAUAUACAGUAAAGAGAUGUUUCCUUUCAUUUCUUUGUUCAAUUUUGGGUCUCUCAUCUUCUCACUACUCCUAUACUGAUUCCAGUACUGAAAUAAAAAGAGAUUUUUUACUGAUGAGUUCA